GCAGUUCCACACACACCAGGCAUCAAUUUCCCACUUUCCCGAGCCAAGCCCGAGAGCUCAUCGUCCGACAUGCACGUCAGACACGAAAGCGAGAUCCGUCCACGCUCGUACUUCUCACCUCGAUCGAGCUUCAGCUUCCUGCACGUUCACCACUCGUCGGAGCGGUCUUCUAGUGCGGAGAGGGAUCGGCAUCGGAGGCGGUGCUAUGAGCUCGAAGAGAAGCUUGAAGAUUGCAAGGCGGAGAUCAGGGUGCUCAAGAGAGACAAGGAGGACUUGAAUAAGGACAAGAGGAUGCGAAUGAGGGAUUAUGAGAUCUUGUCAGAGAGGCAUGAGAUGGUCAAGAGGGAGAAAAUGGAUCAUUUCCUUCAGACUGAGAAGGAGAUUCACGAGCUCACGACGAAGAACGAGACGUUGAGACGGGAGAGCCAGAGCACGGAAGAGAGGCUGAAGCGGCUCCAGAGGGCCAACAAAGAUUUAGGAGAGGGGAAGUUGGUAGAACGCGAAAGAUGGAGUGGGCUGAAAACUUGGCCAGGGGAGGAUCUGGAAUGAGUGAAUGGGUAUUGUUGUGGAGGGAUGAUUGUGUUUUUCGAUGUUUGAUUGCCAUCGGGAAUGAAGUAGAUUGAUGGUAGUUGGGGUUUGGAAAGUCGAUGCUGGAAAGGGCUCUCAUGAUGGUCAAUUUUGUCCUUCGAUAUUGAAACGGCCUGGACGUCAUGUUUGUGGGUUUUUGGGUAUACCUUCGUCCGAUGGAUCGUAUAUUGCCGUUUGGUAGAAGCAUGGCUGAUGCCUGGAGAAUCCGUGCUACGCAACGAGUCACCAAAUCGUCCUUUCUCUGCAUUUUCUAGACUUUUGG